AUGACACGAUUUUCAAAAAAAUCUUCAACUCUAUCAUUAACUUCAAAUUUAAGUGUUUUGUCAACUUCUAAAUCAUAUAAUGCUUUGGAUCAUUUUGAAACAUGUAUUUAUAUUACAAAAAAUCUUAAUUCACCAAUUCCUGAAAGUUAUAAAAAUUUUUAUGAAUCAUAUAUAAAAUAUAUUUCAUUUAAAAAAUAUCCUCAAAUUGAUAAAAGAUUUGAUCUUGAUAUUGUAAAAAGACCAUUAAUUAUAAGUUGUUGGGAUGUAACAAAAUACAUGACAGAACUUGCUUUACCAGAAAAAAUUAAUAAAUUAAAAUACAAUUAUAAUUGGAGUAUGGAGAGAUGGAAAAUAAUGUAUAAAAAAAGAAUUACAAUUGAGAGAUUCAAAAAUUCAAUUGAAAAAGUUAUAGAAAAUUUAAAGACAAAAAAACCAAUUGUAAGUAUAAAAUGUGAUCCAUGGAUUCAUUUUAUGCCUGAUCCUUAUCUAGAUUCAACUGUUUACUCAACAAAAUAUUGUUUAAAAAAAGUUAAAGAAAAAAAUUAUAGUUAUUUUGUUUGUGAUGAAGAAUAUUUAAAUGAAGAUAAAUAUAAUUAUUUUUAUUUAAAUGGUUUUAAAGAAACUUUAGAAGAUAGUGAAGAAGAAGAUAUUGAAUUACCUUCUAGUUUUAAUAAUAAUUAUCAUUAUAAAGAUGGUCUUAUUAGAGUAGAAAAGAAAAAAAAAUCAUAUGCAAAAAAAUUUUCAAGUGCAAAACUUAAUAUUUCCAAUAAUAAUUCUCACAAAACUGAAUUUAUUUAUUUUGUUAAAAAAAUAAUCAUGGAAAGAAAAAGAACAAAUCCCAGUGGAGAUCCUUGGGAUGCUUUUUUUUAUAUCCACAUGGAACCGGAUAAAAAAAAUUUAACUUUUAAAGUAAAUAUAAAAGAAUUAAAAGUUGAAAAACAUUCUUCAUCUACGGUGGUACAAUGUUUAGAUGAAAAUAUAACAGACAACGACAAUGAAAUAAUAAGUCCUUUGUGUAGUACCUCUUUGUCUCCUAAAUCAUCUGAUUAUGAUAAUCAAAUUUUAAGCGAUGUCAGUGAAAUAGAAAAUGUCAAUGAUACUGAAUUAAUUGAAAAAAACAAAGAAGAUUUUGAAAAAUUAAAUUUAAAUGAUAAAGAAUGUAAUCAAUUAGAUAAAAAUGAUAAUUUUAUAGCAAAUGAAGAUAUUAUUAAUUCUCCAAAAUAUUCAAAUGAAAGUAUGGGUUUAAGUAGAAAGAUAAAUUCAGUUAAUAAUUUACCUCCACAAUUUUUUAAAAUUAAUAAUAUCAUUAAACAUAAUGAUGAUAAUAUAUCAGAAAAGGAAGAAAUUAUUAUUCAACCAAUAUCAAAAGACAAUAUAAUUAAAUCUUGUGAUCAUGAAACUAACACAUUACCUUUAAUUUACAAAAAAACACAAAUGUAUACUAGGAAAUAUAAAAAUGUUUAUGGUGAGAAAAAGAAAACAUUUCCAAUAAUUUCUAAAAAACAAAUUAUACAACCAUUAAAUUGGAAAGUAUCUACUAUUGUUAGAUAUUCUCCAGAUGGAAAAACACAUUCAAAUCGUUCAUUCUACCUACCUCGAAUUGUUUGCUCCAAUUUACAGCAACUACCAAAAACAUCAGUAAAUGUUCCAUUCUCAUCUAAUUUAAGUUCAUUACCACAACUUUCAUCAACAUCCCGACCACCAUCCUCUUUAAAAAAUAAUUUCAUUUCAUCGUCUCGUCAGAAUUUGUCAUCGAAACUAUUUUAA